AUGAGCCGCGACGACGACAACGCGUCCAAGAUCGCCGAGAAGCUCCUGCAGGGAUGGACCAUGCUCGCCGAGUACUGCCCCGCGGACGGCUGCAUGACCCCGCUGAUGCGCGGGCGCGACGGUCGCAGAUUCUGCGUCGCGCACGACAUGUUCGUCAUGUCCUCGGAGGAGGCUGAGGAGAUGAAGAGGAAAGGGGGCGGGGUCGGGGGAGGCGAUGCACCCGGGGCGAAGGCAUCCCCGUCAUCGUCCGCUCCGGCGCCGUCGGGCUCUAAGCCCUCGAGCCUGGAUCGCAUCGACUUCUACAGCCAGCUUCGCGCGGGGCGAUCGCCCGCGCCGGAUCCCGAACCCCUCGCGCGGGGCUACGGCGACGACGGCGCGGCGCCCAUGACCCUGGACCGCGACGGCGGCGGCGGCGGGGACGACCUCGAGAUCGGCGCGAUCGCCAGGUCGACGCGGGCCACGGUCGCGGCGAAGAUGGAGGAGGCGAGGGCGGCGCUCGCGCGCUCCGAGAGCUUCUCGGAGAGCGCCGAGCUCUUGAGAUUCAUCCGCGAGUGCCUGGAGACGGCGCGGGCGUGCGACGGCAUCUGA